UGGCCGGAGUGGCCCGGCAGAGUGGCCAGCACUCAAUGCCUACCAACUUCACCGUGGUGCCCGUGGAGGCGCGGGCGGACGGCGGCCAGGACGAGGCGGCCGAGGGGACCGAGGCGCCGGGCCCCCCCGAGGGCCGCGAGCCCGACUGCCCGAGCCCGGGAGAUGGACACCCGAGAGAAAGCAGCCCGUUCAUUAACAAUGUGGAGGUGGACAGGGAGAGUGUCUUUGAAAGAAAGAACAUGGCGCUGUUUGAGGAGGAAAUGGACAGCAACCCCAUGGUGUCCUCGCUCCUCAAUAAGCUGGCCAACUACACCAACCUGAGCCAGGGCGCCGUGGAGCACGAGGAGGGCGAGGACAGCAGGAGGCACGAGGUCAAGGGCCCGCGCAUGGGCACCUUCAUCGGCGUCUACCUGCCCUGCCUCCAGAACAUUCUCGGCGUGAUCCUCUUCCUGCGCCUGACGUGGAUUGUGGGGGUGGCCGGCGUCCUGGAGUCCUUCCUCAUCGUGUCCAUGUGCUGCACCUGUACGAUGCUGACCGCCAUCUCCAUGAGCGCGAUCGCGACCAACGGUGUGGUCCCAGCUGGAGGCUCUUACUACAUGAUAUCGCGGUCUCUGGGGCCCGAGUUCGGAGGGGCUGUGGGCCUCUGCUUCUAUCUCGGCACAACGUUCGCAGGGGCCAUGUAUAUUUUGGGGACCAUUGAGAUUUUUUUGACCUACAUCUCCCCGAGUGCGUCCAUCAUCCAGGCCGAGAUGGUGGACGGCGAGGCGGCAGCCCUGUUGCACAACAUGCGUGUGUACGGAACGUGCACGCUGGUCUUCAUGGCCAUGGUGGUCUUCGUGGGCGUCAAGUACGUCAACAAGCUGGCUCUGGUGUUCCUGGCCUGUGUGGUGCUGUCCAUCCUCGCCAUCUAUGCUGGCGUCAUCAAGACCGCCUUUGACCCCCCAGACAUCCCAGUCUGUCUGCUGGGGAACCGCACACUAUCAAGACGCAGCUUCGACAUCUGUGCCAAAGUCAGCACCGUCAACAACAGUACGACCACCACUGCGCUCUGGGGCCUUUUCUGCAACAGCUCCAUGCCCAGUGCCUCCUGUGAUGAGUACUUUGCCCAGAACAACGUCACAGAGAUUCAGGGCAUCCCCGGUGUGGCCAGUGGUGUCCUCCUGGAUAACCUGUGGAGUACGUAUGCGGACAAGGGGGCAUUUGUGGAGAAGAAGGGUGUGUCCUCAGUGCCCGUGCCCGAGGAGAGCAGAGCCAGCGGGCUGCCUUACGUCCUCACUGAUAUCAUGACCUACUUCACCAUGCUGCUUGGCAUCUACUUCCCCUCAGUGACCGGUAUCAUGGCAGGCUCAAACCGAUCCGGGGACCUCAAGGACGCCCAGAAGUCGAUCCCCACGGGGACCAUCAUGGCCAUUGUGACCACGUCUUUUAUUUACCUCUCCUGCAUCGUGCUUUUUGGGGCCUGCAUCGAGGGCGUGAUCUUACGAGAUAAGUUUGGGGAGGCCCUGCAGGGGAAUCUUGUCAUUGGCAUGCUGGCUUGGCCAUCCCCCUGGGUCAUUGUCAUUGGCUCCUUCUUCUCGACCUGUGGUGCUGGCCUGCAGAGCCUGACCGGGGCGCCGCGCCUGCUGCAGGCCAUCGCUCGAGACGGCAUCAUCCCCUUCCUCCAGGUGUUCGGCCAUGGGAAGGCCAACGGGGAGCCCACGUGGGCCCUGCUGCUCACAGCCCUCAUCUGUGAGACCGGCAUCCUCAUCGCCUCCCUGGACAGUGUGGCCCCCAUCCUCUCCAUGUUCUUCCUCAUGUGCUACAUGUUUGUGAACCUGGCUUGCGCUGUGCAGACCCUGCUGCGCACGCCAAACUGGCGUCCACGCUUCAAGUACUACCACUGGACGCUGUCCUUCCUUGGCAUGAGCCUGUGCCUGGCCCUGAUGUUCAUCUGCUCCUGGUACUACGCCCUCUGCGCCAUGCUCAUAGCCGGCUGCAUCUACAAGUACAUCGAGUACCGAGGGGCCGAGAAGGAGUGGGGUGAUGGCAUCAGGGGGCUGUCUCUGAAUGCCGCCCGCUAUGCCCUGCUGCACGUGGAGCAAAGCACCCCCCACACCAAGAACUGGAGGCCCCAGGUGCUGGUGAUGCUGAACCUGGAUGCAGAGCAGCACGUGAAGCACCCCCGCCUCCUGUCCUUCACCACGCAGCUCAAGGCCGGCAAGGGGCUGACCAUCGUGGGCUCCGUGCUGGAGGGGACCUACCUGGACAAGCGUGUGGAGGCCCAGCAGGCCGAGGAGAACAUCCGGUCUCUGAUGGGCGCCGAGAAGACCAAAGGCUUCUGCCAGCUGGUGGUGUCCUCCAACCUGCGGGACGGCAUGUCCCACCUGAUCCAGUCAGCCGGCCUGGGGGGCAUGAAGCACAACACGGUGCUCAUGGCCUGGCCCGCGUCCUGGAAGCAGGAGGACAACCCUUUCUCCUGGAAGAACUUUGUCGACACCGUCCGUGACACCACGGCAGCACACCAGGCCCUCCUGGUGGCCAAAAACGUGGACCUGUUUCCACAAAACCAGGAGCGGUUCAGCGACGGGAACAUCGAUGUGUGGUGGAUCGUGCACGACGGGGGCCUCCUCAUGCUGCUGCCCUUCCUGCUGCGGCAGCAUAAGGUGUGGAGGAAGUGCCGGAUGCGCAUCUUUACGGUGGCCCAGGUGGACGACAACAGCAUCCAGAUGAAGAAGGACCUGCAGGUGUUCCUGUACCACCUCAGGAUCAGCGCGGAGGUGGAGGUGGUGGAGAUGGUUGAAAACGACAUCUCAGCGUUCACGUACGAGAAGACGCUGAUGAUGGAGCAGAGGUCCCAGAUGCUGAAGCAGAUGCAGCUGUCGAAGACGGAGCGGGAGAGGGAGGCUCAGCUCAUCCAUGACAGGAACACCGCCUCCCAUUCUGCGGUGGCCAGCAGGACCCGAGCCCCGUCCACGCCGGACAGGGUGCAGAUGACCUGGACGAAGGAGAAGCUGAUCGCUGAGAAGUCCAAGAACAGAGAGUCCGGCGUGUCCGGGUUCAAAGAUCUCUUCACCCUGAAGCCGAACCAGGGCAACGUCAGGAGGAUGCACACAGCCGUGAAGCUCAACGGCGUCCUGCUCACCAAAUCCCAGGACGCCCAGCUGGUGCUGCUCAACAUGCCAGGGCCCCCCAAAAGCCGGCAGGGGGAUGAGAACUAUAUGGAGUUCCUCGAGGUCCUGACCGAGGGGCUCAACAGGGUCCUCCUGGUCAGGGGCAGCGGCCGGGAGGUGAUCACCAUCUACUCCUAACGCUCGGCUUCCCCAGGCACGUGCUGGGCCGGCAUGGGGAUGGUGCGUGGCACACACUGACCCGUGGCCUGGCCUGCUGGUGUGGCUUCCUGCAGAAGUGUCUAGAAUACCACGGGGGGCUGUCCUGUGCAGGCCGAGAGCCAGCGCGUGACUGAGAAGGGGAGACACGGGCGCCCUUGGUGCCCCGUGUGCUCCUGAGGGAGGCUCGAGUGACCUGGGCAGAGUGAGCCGAGCAGCGCCAGCCCUGUGCUCGGCCUUUGGAUUCUGGAAUUACUGUUCUGUGGCUGGACCUGCUGGCUUGGUGGCGGUUACAUUUUAGUUCUUCCCCGUCCAGGAUGUUCACCAGAAAACACUCUGUGUCUGCAGCCGGGUCACCGGCCACAUCCCCUCAUGAGCACUAACGGCCAGCCCGGCAGGCCCUGGAGCCGUCGGCACCUCGCACAGGUGAGCGUGGUGAGAGCCAGGGUGCCACACACAGAAACAGUCAAUGCCGAGAAUUCUCCACGCCGCAGGCGUCAGCAGAAGAGCCCCUCAGAGCUGUGAGCACGCCACGCAGUUCAGCGUCUGAUGUACAACCCGGUUCCAUGCUCCAUGCUCGGAGAGGGAAGGGGCUGCAGUGUGGAGCUCCUACAGCGUCAGCGGCCCCCGGCACUGACCCGUCCGGCUAAAGCCUGUGUGUCGCCUCCUGCCAGCACGGAGGGGAUGGUGACAGCCGAGUUCAGGGCACUGACAGACACCUGCGAUGACCCGUAGGCUUUUUGCACUUGACCUUUUGGUCUCCACUUUCUGUGUCGUGAUCACGUUCCAUGUAGAUCGUGCAGUAAGUUGUGCCUCACCCUCUGUGUGGCUUAUUUAUUUAUUCAAACACCUGGGCAUCCAAGUGAUAAUCAAGUUGUCCAUAAAGAGAGGACGGCCCCAAACGCCAGGCCCUCCGCUUUCUCUGGCUUUCACGGACUCCAAGGAAACCAGCCCGGUCCCUAGAUUUCAAUUCAGGGCAAAGGCUAAGCAUGUGCUUCCAGAUGUUUCUGAGGAGCAGUUGGGCAACACAGAGUGACCACUGGCCGGAGCAUGUGCCAAACAGCCGCAGCCGGGUGGGGUGGGGGAUUGGUCCUCGUGGCCGUCUCAUCCAGCACUGACCUAGCAGCGGAACCCGCCCCCUCGCACUCGGUCCCCCUCCCGCAUCUGGGGAGGGCCGCCAGUCUGGGUCCCCUAGCCGAGAGGAGAGCAGUGUCUGCACUGGCUGGAAUGUCGGUCAGCGGCUGGAAAGCAGGGCCCACUCCUGUCCUGACCCUUGUCACACGAAGCAGAGCUGGCUGCGUGGACGGAGGUGGGAAUGUGGUGUCUGUGCCCUCGCCUGCCCUCCCGAGGUGUCCGUGUCAGCACCGCGCGUCCUUCCCACGCUGUGAACUGUGACCCUGACUGCAGCCGUUUAAAGCUGAUGCCAUGUGCUUCUUUUUUAGUUUCUGUCUUUGUAUGAUUUUGUUAGUAGAAGAGUAAAAUUGUAUAACAUCUGA